GCACAGCUAUCGACCUGUCCUUCAUCAGCUGAAUUACCGAAGACGAAAACAGGCGAAGCAUGGAAAAUACCUUUGAAAUCGUCGACCAGAGCAGGAUCGGACAUAGUCCUCUCAGCAGGAGGAGGGCAGAAUAAAAAUAAUCAACUGGGUUUCUCGAAUCCGCUUCCAAACAGUCGACCCCAAGUCAGCAUGUCACUUUCAACCUGCGUCACCAAUGAGAAAAAGCCACUAUCACAGUUCACGAUUCCACUGAAGCGUGCCGCUGGAGAUGAACGAACACAGCCAGAGAAAAAGAAACCAGAUGUGGCUUUCCUCCUGCCAAGUGCACCUCCAGUGAGAAUCAGUCGCAUGUCUGGUCUGUCAGCCGAGCAGCAUGAACGCAUCGCGGCAGCUAAUGCAAAGAAAAUCGAAGCUGUCAAGCUCACUAUGAACGAAGUACUACCGACAAAACAAAAACGACCAGCUUCAUCUGACUUGAAUGCACCGCCUAGAAAGAGGGGACGUCCAAAAGGCAGCGUCAACAAGCCGAGAAUGAAUGGCGCUCAAGCUUCUCAUUCUCUCGCUGGACCACAUUCGCGAGGCGUCAUACGAAAUGGCGUGAAAACAGAAAUAACUUCAAGAAGCAUCGGAACGCAGUCAUGCCUGGAUCUGUCUGAUCGGAAUCAUUCGGGAUCGUCAACCUUGCAGACACACUCGACCAUGGAUAUUAACAAGCCCACAAAAGAAUUCAAAGAAGUCGCAUCUAUUCAGAAGAUUGAAGCCUCACCUCAAGAUGAAGUCGAUGAUAUGGCGUCCUCUGAAGUGACAAAGGUCAAACCGGCCGUAGCAGGUAGAGACAGGCCUGAAGACUCCUCAACAGCGGUUGCUUCACCCAGCAAUAUCAACGAAGCUCAGCCUUCAUCCAAUAUAAUGCCAACACUUUCGGAAAAUUCGUACUCGGAUGGUGACAUGACACCUCCUUUGUCCAUCGUCGAGGACUAUAUUGAGCAACAGAAGUCUCCUCCUAGGGCGACAGAGCCGGAGCCUCAGUCUGCUGCACCACCCACUCCACAGAUAGAGGCUGCAGUAAAGAAGAAACCUCAGCCUAAGAAGAAACAGAAAGACCACGACUUCAAGAUACUCUCGCUUACCAAGGAGCUCAACUCGCUGAUAUCGUCGUGUGGAGAUCAGGAGAAGCUCAAAAUAGCUUGUAGCCUACAGCGAAUAAUAAGUGAACAACGAGACGUCCAGCAAGUAAUGGAAACGGUCAAUCGAAUACAGGCGCAGUUGCGUGGGCGGUCCGACAAGGACGAGAUGACCGCUGUCCUGAAUGAAUACACGAAGAAAUGUGACGAAAAGUUGAAUGCGUCAAACAACACACUACUCAGCGUACAGGCUGAACUGUCUCGGGUUGGCGACCAGUGCAGUUCUUUACGCCAGGCGUCAUUGAAGCAUACAAAUGAGAUCGAAGCUGUACGCACUACGUUGAAAACCUCAUGCGAUUCCCUACGGCAAAUCGUCGACGAAUUAUCAACAAAAAUGGAGGCUCUCACGCGAGAACGAGAGAACCAGCGAACAAAUCUACCUGACCAACUAUCACCUAGGAAUCUUCAUAACUUCCCAGGAUUUUUUCCACCUCCUCCACCACCACCGCCACCACUGCAGCAGCCGAAAAUGAACAAGGAAUGCGAGAACAGGCAGCAAGACGGCUCCUCAGCCGAAUCCCCUGGUGCUGCCAAUCGACAACAGAGCUCGUCGUUGAAUCGGAGAGGCGAUGGAUCAGCUGGCUCGGUAGCAUCCGAUUUGAGUCGAGCUAUGGUAAACCAACCGCCACUGUUCCCGAUACCGACGCCAUUCUACGGGCCCUUUCUGCCACCACCACAAAAGAUGAUGUACGACUAUCAUCUUCACAUGCAUCAUCUACAUCAACAGAUGCAACAUUCGCUGACGGCUCCAUUGCCCCCGUUUCUACCUAUGAUGGACGGGAAUCCACUGGGAGCACAGUUCCCUGUACCUGCACCUGCUCCUGUACCAGCUCCAGUUUCUGCUCCUAUAUCACCAGCUGCGAAUAAUCAACGUAAUCAACGAAUGGAGGGAUUACAUUCACAGAGAUACCAGUGCCGUAGUGGUGACAGUGGCGAAUUCUCGAACAAGUCCAGGAGGCGACCAGAGGCAAAUUGA